AAGCCCGCCACAGCGGACGGCGCCACGAGAAGCGGAUAAGCCCCCCGCACCGGCGCCCACUUUCGCGGCUCCGCCAUGUUCGCCGCCACCGCCACCGCCACCACCACUCUCCACCCGCGGUUCCGGCCGCCGGUGCGUGCUCCCCGCCGGCUCUGUCCUCAUCCAUCCUCCUCCUUCGGCCGCCUCCGCACUCACAUCCCCGUCCGGGCCUCGGCGGCGUCCGCGCCGGCGCAGCGGGAGGCCGCCGGGAGUGUCCCGUGGGGCUGCGAGAUCGAGUCCCUGGAGAAUGCGGCGUCGCUGGAGCGGUGGCUCGUGGACUCGGGCCUCCCCGAGCAGCGUCUGGCUAUCCAGCGCGUCGACGUCGGCGAGCGCGGCCUCGUCGCGCUUAAGAACAUCCGCAAUGGGGAGAAGCUACUCUUCGUGCCCCCUUCCCUCAUCAUCACCGCCGAUUCGGAGUGGAGCUGCCCCGAGGUGGGGGAUGUGAUGAAGAGGAACUCCGUGCCCGACUGGCCGCUUCUCGCUACUUACCUCAUAAGCGAAGCCAGUUUAGAGGCCUCGUCGAGGUGGAGCAACUACAUAGCAGCGCUGCCAAGGCAGCCUUACUCGCUUUUGUACUGGACCCGUGCCGAGCUAGAUACAUACUUGGUGGCUUCACCAAUCAGGGAAAGGGCAAUUCAGAGGAUAACUGAUGUGAUUGGGACAUACGACGACCUUCGAGACCGUAUAUUUUCUAAACAUUCAGAUUUGUUCCCUGAGGAGGUGUAUAACAUAGAGACAUUUCUAUGGUCCUUCGGCAUUCUCUUCUCACGCCUGGUUCGUUUGCCAUCAAUGGAUGGAAGAGUUGCACUAGUUCCUUGGGCAGAUAUGCUUAAUCAUAGCCCUGAGGUGGAAGCAUUCUUGGAUUUUGAUAAGUCAUCACAAGGAAUAGUUUUCACCACUGACCGCUCAUAUCAACCAGGUGAGCAGGUAUUUAUAUCUUACGGGAAGAAAUCCAGUGGUGAGCUAUUGCUUUCAUAUGGUUUUGUUCCAAAAGAGGGAACAAACCCAAAUGAUUCAGUUGAAUUGCUGGUGUCUCUUAACAAGACUGAUAAGUGCUACAAAGAGAAAUUACAAGCACUAAAGAGAAACGGUUUGUCAGAAUCUGAAAGUUUCCCCUUGCGGGUCACAGGGUGGCCAGUUGAGCUGAUGGCUUAUGCCUUCCUUGUGGUCAGUCCUCCCGAUAUGAGUCAACGCUUUGAGGAGAUGGCUGUUGCCGCAUCGAAUAAAAGCUCAUCAAAACCUGGAUUUCGUUAUCCUGAACUGGAAGAACAGGCUCUUCAGUUUAUCUUGGACUGCUGUGAAUCUAAUAUAGCAAAAUACAGAAAGUACCUAGAGGGCGGCGAUGGCUCUCAACAAGUUUCAAUGAAUGCAAAGCAGGUCAGCAGGACGUUAUUGCUUAAACAGAUAGCAAGGGAUUUGUGCAUCAGUGAACGGAGAAUCCUGUAUCGCACACAAUAUAUAUUGCGUAGAAGACUGAGGGACAUGAGAGGUGGCGAACUUAGAGCUCUGUCAUUGUUCAAUGGACUCAGAAAGCUCUUCAAAUAAUUGGACCGGCUAUAUUAUGUUGGCGGAAGAUCUUAGUGGACAGUUUUGAGUUCUCCAAUAACAUGUUUCAGGUCCUUUGCUCGUCAGUUUCAGCUUGAGCUCAAUAUUUCUACAUACCAAAUCAAAUUGCAGUUUCAGACACAUUUUCUUCUUUGGAGAAGCAACUGGGUGCUGGAAAGGAGUUGCGGUUCAGUAAAGGAUAGUUUUACAUUGUAACUGAACAGCCAGAGCUUGGUAUAUACGCAUGUGCUUCUGAAGCGCGUUGUGAAUCGCUUUUCCUGCAACAAGCCAACAAUGUACCACUCCACCAUUGAGUUGUUUUUUACGCGAGGAACGAGCCUAGCAUUCUGGUCGCCA